AAGAUGUAUCAGGGCCACUCUCAGGGGAAAGACUCAAGGGUGGUUGGCAUGAUGCUGAAGGAGUUUCCACGUAAGGCCUCCUCAGAUGGAAACCCCCUCCUCACCGUCACAACCAAGCUGGGUAGCGAGCACCAAGAGAGCCGGCCGUUGCUGAGUCCCUCCAUCGACGACUUCCAGAGCGAGAGCAAGAGUGAUGGAGCCACACGACCGGUCACCUCUAACACAGCAGUCAUCUCGACAGCGCUGGACCUGGUGGACCUGAGCGAGCCGUGUGAGAGGAGGUGGAGUUGGGACCGUCGCAGCCCUCGAGGCUCUUUCAAGAACAGCCUCCGCAGGAAGAAGACGGAUGAGACGGAGCUGAUCCAGGUGGAGGCCGAGCAGCUCUCACCUGGACACCUGAACCCUGAGGGAGACUCGCUAGACUCAAUGAGCAGCUCACCCCGGGACAGAUGGGAUGAAGUGAGCCUUCACCCCGACAGCGCCUGGAACAGAGGGAGGAAGUGGAGGUAUGAGAGGAAGAGGUGCACCUCACAUCACUCCUCCAGUGAGCUGCUCUGGUCUGCUGACUUCAAAAGCAACCUCUCGAACAAACACACGCUAGAGCUAAGCAGGAGCAUGGAGUCUGACCCCGGGCCAACGUCACAGCGGCCCAAGCUGAGACUGGGAAGCUCUCUGUUCGGCAGGCAGCACUCUCUGGAGGAGGAGUUUGUACGAGCCAAAGCUGCUGUGGAGUCAGACACCGAGUUCUGGGACAAGAUGCAGGCCGAACUGGAAGAACUUGCUCGACGAAACUGGCUGGAGGAUUUGGAGAGCAAAGGCAACAUUCCACCCAACCUUACAGCCAACGAAACGGGUUACUUUUUCCACACGAACAACCCGUUUAAAGACUGGCCAAAUGCAUUUGAAGAAGGACUGCAGAAAUCCAGAGAGGGCGACCUAAACAGUGCCGUCCAGCUGCUGGAGGCAGCCAUCUUACAGGACCCUCAGGACUCCGAGGCUUGGCAAGUGCUGGGCACCACGCAGGCGGAGAACGAGAACGAGCAGGCCGCCAUCGUCUGCCUUCAGAGGUGUCUGGAGCUGCAGCCGAAUAACCUGAGCGCUCUCAUGGCGCUGGCGGUGAGUUUGACUAACGCGGGACGGCAGCAAGAGGCAUGUGAGGCUCUGCACCGCUGGAUCACACACAACCCUACCUACACACACCUCCUACAGGACCGCAGUGCUCUGGACGGCUCACCACUGCCCCAACGUAGGGGCUCCAACGUCUCCCCCACCCCCGCUCUCGGAUGCUCUCAGCUGGUGGAGGUGUUGGAGCUUUAUCAGGAAGCUGUGCAUCAAAACCCUGGAUGUGUGGACCCUGACCUGCAGACGGGCCUCGGUGUGCUGUUUAACCUCAGCUCUGAAUUUGAUAAGGCUGUGGAUUCCUUUAAUGCAGCUCUGUCUGUACGACCUGAGGACUAUCUGCUGUGGAACCGGCUGGGGGCAACUCUGGCUAACGGAGACCGCAGCGAGGAGGCUGUUGAGGCUUACACCCGAGCUCUGGAGCUGCAGCCUGGCUUUAUCCGUUCCAGAUACAACCUUGGGAUCAGCUGCAUCAACCUGGGAGCACACAGGGAAGCGGUGAGUAAUUUCCUGACAGCUCUAAACCAGCAGAGGAAAAGCAGAAGUCAUCAGGUGAUGUCCAGCAGCAUCUGGGGGGCUCUCCGCAUCGCUCUGUCACUCAUGGACCUCCCUGAGCUUUUCCAUGCCGCCAGCAUCGGUGAUCUCGAUCUCCUCAUGCAGGCUUUCAAUAUAGACAUGUAA